GCCGCCAAGGGGAGUUUCCAGGAAGUGGCCAUAUUGGAUCCAUUCAGCCGCAGCCGCCCGGGCGGAGCGCGUCCCGCAGCCGGCUCGUCUCCGUCGCGGCCCCGGCGCUUGCUCCAGCCCGGCCGCCCGGCGCGAGCUUGCCAUGGCGGCCACGGACCUGGAACGCUGCUCGCAGAACGUGGAGCCAGAGCCCCGGAGCCUCUCGCUGGGUGGCCAUGUGGGCUUCGACAGCCUCCCCGACCAGCUGGUCAGCAAGUCGGUCACUCAGGGCUUCAGCUUCAACAUCCUCUGUGUGGGGGAGACUGGCAUCGGCAAGUCCACACUGAUGAACACGCUCUUCAACACGACCUUUGAGACCGAGGAAGCCAGCCACCACGAGGCCAGUGUGCGCCUGCGGCCCCAGACCUACGACCUCCAGGAGAGCAAUGUGCAGCUCAAGCUGACCAUCGUGGACGCCGUGGGCUUUGGGGACCAGAUCAACAAGGAUGAGAGUUACAGGCCCAUCGUCGACUACAUCGACGCGCAGUUUGAAAACUAUCUGCAGGAGGAGCUCAAGAUCCGCCGCUCCCUCUUCGACUACCACGACACGAGGGUCCACGUUUGCCUCUACUUCAUCACGCCCACGGGGCACUCCCUGAAGUCCCUGGAUCUGGUGACCAUGAAGAAACUGGACAGCAAGGUAAACAUCAUUCCCAUUAUCGCCAAGGCGGACACCAUCUCCAAGAGCGAGCUCCACAAGUUCAAGAUCAAGAUCAUGGGUGAGCUGGUCAGCAACGGGGUCCAGAUCUACCAGUUUCCCACGGACGAUGAGGCUGUCGCAGAGAUUAACGCCGUCAUGAAUGCGCACCUGCCCUUCGCCGUGGUGGGCAGUACGGAGGAAGUGAAGGUGGGGAACAAGCUGGUGCGAGCGCGGCAGUACCCCUGGGGCGUGGUGCAGGUGGAGAAUGAGAAUCACUGUGACUUCGUGAAGCUCCGGGAGAUGCUGAUCCGCGUGAACAUGGAGGACCUGCGCGAGCAGACCCACACGCGGCACUAUGAGCUCUACCGCCGCUGCAAGCUGGAGGAGAUGGGCUUCCAGGACAGCGACGGAGACAGCCAGCCCUUCAGCCUACAGGAGACGUAUGAGGCCAAGAGGAAGGAGUUCCUGAGCGAGCUGCAGAGGAAGGAGGAAGAGAUGAGGCAGAUGUUCGUGAACAAAGUGAAGGAGACAGAGCUGGAGCUGAAGGAGAAGGAGAGGGAGCUCCACGAGAAGUUCGAGCACCUGAAGUGGAUCCACCAGGAGGAGAAGCGCAAGGUGGAGGAGAAGCGCCGGGAGCUGGAGGAGGAGACCAGCGCCUUCAGCCGCAGGAAGGUGGAGGCCCUGCAGUCGCAGGCCCUGCAGGCCACCUCGCAGCAGCCGCUGCGCAAGGACAAGGACAAGAAGAAUUAACGCACGCACAGACUGACGUGCCGAGAGCGGACUUUAGACUGUCAGGCGUUAAUUUGCUUGAGUUAACGCCAUGUGGCCCUUCUCCCAUAACUUGGUGCGAGGACGGACUGGGAGCCGGUGCAGCCUCCAGGGUUCACAGCCUUGCUUGCGCCCUCGCCCCGGCCCCGGGCCGCCCUUGCGGCUGGCGGCCCACCCCUUUCUAUGCAAACACGGAAAAGCCAUGGAUGCUGGAAUCCAAAACUGACGAGGUUUAUUUCUUUCAGAGCCAGUGGCUGGUCUUCCAUUUACAGUGUCACUAUUCCCUGACGGAGCCAUGACGGGCCCCCCCUAGCCAAGGCCCCAGCCGACGAUGCUUGGCCUGAGCAGUCGGCGUCGAGACGGCAGCUCGCGCGGGGCCCAAGGUGCGGCCGCCCCGUCUGGCAGACACGCUGCACACUUUGCCUGUCCCCCCCUUUGUUUUAAUUUUGCUAACCUAGAGCUUGACUUCAGUAAUAACUUUCCAAUACUUCUAAGAAAUUUUUUUUUUUAAUUUGGGCACCAGCAUAAGGAUGAAUAAUAUCCUCUCCGUUAUUUUCAUGAAUAACACAGAGUCCCUGAUUAUUUUUAAAACUAAAACUAUCUCUAAACCUUUCUCGUGUAUAAAGCACCCCGCCCCCACAAUAAACCUAUAGGGAGAGGUGGGCAAUAAACUUGCUGUGACGGCGGCGUUUGCAGUUUCUUUACGGAUGACAGGGGCACCCGGACAAGCCCACGUGCAGCGUUUUUACUGUGAAUGUAAAUGGAACAGCAGCCUUCAGCCGUCGUCCGUGUGUCCCACAGGUGCUACCUAUAACCAGGGAGCCGUCCCACGUGUGUGUUCAGUGUUCGCCUCGGGCCGAGAGUCCCAGGCCGGUCGUUUCUGCCGCAGAGGCAGAGGUGCUGGGGGGGGCGGGCCGUUGCCUGCAGGCCGCUCGCUCUUCUCUCCUGAGCUGUGGAGAUGGAGGAGGCUGAUGGACGCAGGCAGUUUCGGAGAGCUGCAGAGUGUCCUGUCCAGAAAGCGCCUGGGUGCUUCCGAGAGCCCUUGGAGAACGGAGUGGAAGAGAUCACUGUUAUCUUGGUGCAAAAUACCCCGAGAUCCAUGCAUAGUUUUUUCAUCUUACUUUGGGAACCUUCUUUGAAGGCUUUGUGUGUGCAUGGAUUUCGAGGUUUUUGUUUUCGGCCUCAGAAUAAGCGUGUUUUCACUCCGUUCUCCCCAAACGUUUGGAAGUACCCUGGUGCCAGCAGCAUCACUUUUUCUAUGCUCCUGUUUACAAGCGAAGGGUCACAGCCUGGCUCAGUGGGAGACGUGGAGACAAGGAGAUGGGAGGAAGGGUGGCCCCCCACUCAGGUGCAGCACAGGCGACCUUGCUGGAAGCCCCCGGAGGCCGUGCUGACGUGGUGUUGGGUUACUUGUUUCCCCAUCUUGCCAGCCCCAGCACCGUCUCCCGCUCUCUGCCUGGCCUGCCUAUUGCUUCCAAGGACGGCAGAUGUUUGGCUUGGAGGGAGGCGGAGGGGCGAGCUGUGUGUGGGCGUCUCCUGUGUGGGGGUCCCCACACCCCAAGCACAGCAGGCUCUGUCUGCACCCAGGCACUCCACCACAACCAGGAGGGGAUCCAGGUUUUGUGGGGCUGGAAACCUGGACUAUUUUGAAUUAUUUAAGAAUAUAAGAUAUGCAUUUGGGAACAGGGCCUUGGAAGGGGCUCCGAAGAGGAUGCCUCAUUAGCUUCAUGUUAAAUCCACUUCUGGUUGGGAUGGAAGGCAGAUGCUUUGGUGUGGCUUGCUCACGAGGUUAGCCUGCAUCUGGUCCUCAGGGUCGUCAGAUGCCUGAGCGUGCAUGUUCAGUUGGGUUCCACCUCUCUCGGCUCACAUAUGUGUGAAGAGGAGGCUCAGUGCCCCAGCAGGAGGACCCCUGGUCCAUGGGCCAGCCUGGGGACGCUGCCGUGGGCAGGUUCUGCCCGCCGUCCCCUGCUGCCUGUGGGCCCGAGGCUUGCUCGCUUCUGCGGGGAGACAUGGCAUCCUCUGUGGUCCGAGCUGGCUCCUCGGGUGCAUCAGCCACGGCAAGCCUCAUCGCACCCCUCCCCUGCUAUCUGUGUUUGGGAUUUUGUUGUCCUGAGCUGAGACCAAAUGAAUCCUUGACUCACGAGGUGAGUUUAAAACUGGCCAUUGUUUUGCAAGCUACCCUUCACGGGAUGCGGUCCUGCUUGCAGGCUCCCGUGUAGCUCAGACUGGUUUCCGUUGGCUUUAGUAGGGUUGUCAUAUAGGGUCAGGUUGGCAUCUACUCUCGUGAACUUCAGGAACCAUGCUGGCUUGGAAUAGAAUCACCUUACAAUUUACUGAAGGAAGUGUCCCCAGCAAACCAAGUCUAGUGGUUUAUAAUUGUGCAAACUGCAUACAUGUCUGUGUGUGUCUGUGUGUGCACCCCCUGUGAAGCGGGGCUCGCGUUCCGGGAUCAGAGGCCCGAAGGAGGUGUGGCUUGCUUGUCUGUCACGUUAGCUUUUCUGAAACUGCUGCAUUUGUUGACUCAUUUAUGCCUUCAUUCAUGGACGGUUUUGUUCUUUUCCAUUCACUUUGUACUCCUUUUUGUUCCCCCAUUAAAUUUUGCAUUUCUUUUGA